UGCUCUCCCCCUAAAAAAGAGAGGCUAUAUGGAUGCUCUGAAAGCUGUAGCUUCCCCUAGUGGCGUGGUGGGGUUAAUCGGCGAACAUCCCCCAACGGAGCUCAUGCUCGAAGGGGGCUUGACAUGUUCAACCCCGUCUCCGGCGAUUGGCUCCUCGGCCACCUCAGCCGCGUGGUCCUCGACGACGACGCCCUCGCGCUCCUCCUCCUCCUCCUCCGCCUCGACAAGACUCUCUCCAGCCUCUCGCUCCACCUCCUCGCACACUCCUGCAGCAAAUGAAAAAUUCUCAUGCGUCAACAACAUGCCAGAAAGAUUGAGGCUGUCUAUAUGUGUGAGGGCAUGCAGUUGCCACUUUGAGGUGGCAGUUUUAUGCUAUAAAUUGCAGCUGAAGCAUGGAAUGUCUUACCAGUGGAUGGUAACGUUGUGUGGCGCAUGAUUGACGACCUUGACAAGAACGUUAUCACCUUCUCUUGCAUAGAGGGUCGGCCCUGGGAACUUGCCGUUAACAGUGAGGAUGGACUUGGUGGAGCAAAGCAGUGUCAUGUUCCUCAUAACCACCUGCACGAGUGAAACCAUGGUAAAUCAUCAUAGCAGCCUGAGUUCUGCAGCCGCCUCACGCUGUAAGGGUGAGCCGUUUUGUCAUUUACUGCCACCUGGGGCAGGUUGCUUGUUACUCCCUCUGUAAACUAAUAUAGAACGUUUUAGAGACUUGAAACUAUUAGUUUACAGAGUUGCAUCAGAAAUGAAAAUGACAUUGUGAAAUGGUGGCAAAGAAAGCAUUGUACUCCAUAUCUGGUUGUAUAAAGAGUGGUGCAAUGCUAUA